CUUAAUACACCAUUCUGUGUAGAGCCCUCAGUUAAGGCGGAGCUGUAUAGUAGUAUUUACUAUCUAUAUGGUGACACAGAAUUUAAGAUUUUAACAGUGAUUAAAAACAGAGUGUCCAAUAAUUAAUUAAAUAAAAAUGCCGGUUUGGACCAGUGAAAAUUCGGAUAUAAAACUUCCCUGUUGUCUGAGGGAUAUUACAUAGUGAUUUGUAAAUAUAUAUUUACACGCACACAGUACACGAGAAAUUAUCGCGGAUUUUAGUUGAAUUAGUUUCCCGGAUUUAUUAUUUGUGAUGAUGAUGGAACUACCGAUGAGUAGCGGUCAAUUCAGUCUGACUGGCAUGGUGGAUGUCGUCGAUUCCAUGGCAGCUAUCCAUCCAUCCCAAUUAUCCAUUAAUAGUUCCCAACUUUCCAUUAACAAUUCCCAACUAUCCAUUGGGACAUCCCAGAACAAUAUUGGUAGUUCCCAACUAUCUAUUGGGACAGUGUCCCCAUCUAUAAACUCCAAUUCUAUGGAUAUAGGACAGUACGGGUUGAAUCAACAGAAUAAUAUGAUUUCUUCACAUAUAUCUAGUCUAAUGACAGAUCCUUGUAUUUUCACAGGCGGUGGUAUGGACUACAGUGGUAUAGGACAAAGUGAACAGACGGACACUAAGGACGGAUUUGAAGAAUUGUGUCCUGUCUGUGGCGACAAGGUAUCCGGAUACCAUUACGGUCUACUGACUUGUGAGUCUUGCAAAGGAUUUUUUAAGCGUACAGUACAGAACAAGAAGGUGUAUACGUGCGUAGCUGACCGGAAUUGCGUCAUAGAUAAGACGCAGCGGAAGCGUUGUCCGUACUGCAGGUUCCAGAAGUGUCUCGAUGUAGGGAUGAAACUUGAAGCUGUUCGACAUGACAGAAUGCGAGGAGGACGUAACAAGUUCGGACCAAUGUAUAAACGGGAUAGAGCUAGGAAACUACAGUACUCAGCCCCCUUCACUCAACCACAUCUCCAGGUGAUACGUCAACGCCAGAUGUCCCACCCUAUGCUCUCCAGCCCGACCUCCGGCCUCUACCCUAUCACCUCGACCUCUGGCUGCUGGCCUUCCACCACACCGAUCAUCAAGCAGGAGAUUCAGAUCAGGGAGGUCAGCUCCCUCACCUCCAGCCCUGACUCCUCCCCCUCCCCCGGGCACAUGCAGCUCAUGGGUCAGCAGCAGCAACAGCAGCAGCAUAUGCAGCAACAGAAGCAGCUUAGUGGAAGCAGCUGGAAUAUUAAUCAGCAUGAGUUCCCCAUGUCUCCUCCUAUUAUGAACAAGGAGUUCUAUUCAAUGUCCUCUGGUAUGUCUGGUGGUCUACUAACUACAGCUAGCUCUAGUACCCCGACCUCUAACCAGGGUAAGGUUCCUGCCCAGAUACGGGAGUUCCUCAAAUCUCUGGAUGAUCAGGAGUGGCAGAGUUCACUCUUCUCACUACUACAGAGUCAGACAUUUAAUCAGGUUGAGGUAGACCUGUUUGAGCUGCUGUGCAAGGUGUUGGAUCAGAACCUGUUCGCCCAGGUGGACUGGGCCAGAAAUAGUGUAUUCUUCAAGGAAUUAAAGGUUGAUGACCAGAUGAAACUGUUGGAGGACUCCUGGAGUGAAAUGCUCAUCCUUGAUCAUCUCCAUCAGAGAUUGCACAACAACCUGCCUGAUGAAAGUGCUCUACCAAACGGGCAGAAAUUUGACCUCCUGCAGCUGGCUCUUCUAGGAGUUCAUAAUAUGACAGACAAGUUCUUAGAGAAUAACCGUUUGCAUGUAGAGGAGAGUAAGGAUCAUGUACAUCAGGUUCUAGCGGAGUAUGCGCAGAACUGCUACGCCAAUAUACCGGAAAAAUACAAUUCAAUCCUUGCGGUUAUACCUGAACUCAAACAUAUGGCCCAGCGUGGAGUUGAGUACUUGUAUAAUAUGCAUGUACAAGGAAAGGCCCCCCAUGCUACCCUCCUUAUGGAGAUGUUAUUGGCGAAACGGCGGCAUGCGCCUAAUUUGAUGUGAUUAAAGAAACCUAGAACACUAGAAUCCCAAAUGGAGAAACCAGUUUUUGCGGGCUUGAAAAAUCCGCUAAAACUCGGCAGUGUACAGCACUGAACAGUGUACACUCUGCGCCCAACACCCUUAUAAGUCGUCUUCAAUCAGAAUUCGGUUCAUUGUCACAGAAUAGAAACCUUGCAAGAGAUUAGUCCCCUAAUCUCCUAUUUGUUGAUUUUAACAAGUUUAUAUAAUAUUCACACUGCUGCUACCAGAGUAUAUAUAUAGCUAUAUACCCCACGAAGUGUACAGGGAAGACGACAUUUAUCCCAGGACUUGAAUCUACACGCAUAAUAUAGAACUCGGAUUGAAAUGCCCCUUCAACCCUCCUUCCAACUGUGUUAAAUAAAUUAGUUCAGAAGAUAUUUUUUUCAACUUUGUAUGAAUGAAAAAAGGUGUCCAGCUCUGUUUAUACUAAUUCGUUUGUAAAUAUUCCAAAUAUUGUAUUCAACCAUGAGUCCAAAGAGACUUUGAACACGCGGGAUGAUCAUCCCCGGUGACAACAACAAAUGUAAAUAAAAGUUUAAGGAAAAUCCGGGAAAACUAGAUUCUUCGGAAAAAUCCGCAAUUGUUAAAUCUGAAAGAAAAGUCUAUGAAUAUCUGUGCCUACUUCAAAAACUUUUAAUGUUACAACAACGAUGUUCUAUGUCGUCUUUCACUGUUGCCGUAACCCCAAUUUUACCAGUUUUUAAUUUUUACAAGCCCAGUUUAAUGACCAGCACUUUUUAACCAGUUCAUUUUUUGUAUUUGUUUAUUAUGACAUGAGACAUAAUAACAGGAUUUUUCAAGUCUUAUUUAAUGAAAAGUCAUGUCGUGUAUCUACCUUUAGUUUAAUUUAACAUUUUCUCAUAUAACUCUAAGUCAUAUUUAAUAAGUUUUGAACUUCAAAAAUCUUGUUAUUAUGUCAACCCAGAUCGGAUUUCAUUUUGAAGGUGUUUACUUCGCAAGAGUCUUUAGUUGAUGAAAUUUGGGAAAACUCCUCAAGAAGCCGAGGGUCAUUUUUUCAAGACCUUUUCCGCGCAUUUUGUAAAUAUGAUACAAACAAGCGGAGUUCUUCCAAAUUUCCUUUAUUUUACAUUCCAGGGAUACCAGCAGAGAUACAAUUUUCAUGCGCUGAAGGAUAAUUAAAUGUGCCAACUUGUGCCGAAAUAUCUUUUGACGCAUUAAAGUUGAACUCUGCACCCGAUAUACGGGAUACGUGGGCAUUAGUUUAAAUGCCGCGGUACUUUUUCAAAUUUGGCGCCAAAGUUUUUGCGCCAUUUUGACCUGGAAAUGCCGAUUAUGAAUGCUGACGGAUGAAUGGGUGAUGGACGAUUUUUUUGCACAAUUUCCUUAGGUUCCACGCAGAUUGAACUAAAUUCCUCCGGAUUUAGUAAAAUCUUUAGUUUAGAAGAAGUAAAAACUUUAAAAUGAAAUCCUCUGUUUUAUUAUUCUGACUGAAUGUAUAAGCAUGAUAUUGUUGUCGCGAAUGGCUGUCGUUUAUUUAUUUUUAAUGUAAAAGUACAGGUAUAAAAAAACAUCUUUGAAAUUGGUAAUUUUUGUGAUUUUUUUUAUUUCGAAAAAAAUUUGCAAUUUUUGUCCAAGAGGAAAAGAAAAAUGAGAGACUCUAGUCGGACUUUUUCACUUUAUAAGCCGGGGUAGUACACUGUACAUUAUAACCCGCAACAUUUUUUUUCACUUCGCAAAACUUUAAAUGCAAAACACCAGGCUAGACGUUCUAGUUAUACUUCCUCACUCAUUUAUUCACUUUACAGCCUUCUUAUAUUAUUGUUUCCCCCAUACCAAAUUGCGCUACGAAAAACUGCCCGUUUUAAAUGCCGAACGCUUAGGCCUCAAAGUCAACUGGACUUUUAGGACCUUGGAUCAGCAUUUUAAAAUUACCAAUAUGAAAACAAAUUGACGAUUCUUUCUUUUUGUUUUUCAUCCUUAUUUAGUAUUUUUUUUCAUGGCUUUUAUGAUUUCUUAAAUGUAGAUAACUAUGAUGUAGAUAUAAAUAUAUAUUAUAUAUAAAAGAA